AUCGUGUCGGAAUGGAUGGAGCAUGGCGAUGUCAUGUCGUAUCUUGAAAACUACCCGCGUGCGAAUCGCGUUGAACUUAUCACGGACGUUGCUCGUGGCUUGGAGUACAUGCAUGCCAGCGGUCUCGUCCACGGAGAUCUCAAAAGUCGCAAUGUCCUCGUUGACAGCCUUGGGUAUGCGCGUCUCAGUGACUUUGGUCUCGCCACGACGGUACUUGGUACCGCCACUCUGGCACCGACUGCUGGGUCGUCAGCAAAUUGGGGCUCGUUCCGUUACAUGGCCCCCGAGUUGUCCGAUAUCGAGGAGAAGGGCAAGACGUUGACGUGGAAGUCUGACGUGUAUGCGUUUGGGAUGACCGCGUGGGAGAUCUUUGCUGAGCGGCACCCGUUCUACAAUAUCCCACACGAACUCGUGGUCCUACUCAAAGUUCGCGACGGCAAACGACCGGAGCGUCCUCUUCAUGCACGGGCGUUAGGCCUGGACGAUUUCAUCUGGAGCAAUGUCAUCAGCUCCUGUUGGGUAGCACGCCCGUCUGAGCGACCUCGGAUUUUGGAAGUACUAAAUCGGCUUCAAUGGUAUAAAACUGCUCGACGGUUGAUUGCGAAGCUGCUGGACGAAGGCCUUGCGGAGGUGGAUCGUCAAGUGCUCGACGAGAUGCUGUCUACAGGUUGGCCACGUUGUCAUGUUCCCACAAGCUCUGUACUCAACUCGCACAGAGAUGGGCAGGGCUGCUAUAUUCAGUAA